AUGGAUAAACCGACCACAGUGAAGAAGAAACUACUUGGCACUAGCUCUUAUUGUCAGCAGCAGGAGGAAGUGUACAGUAUGCAGAGUGAUCCCAGAGGAGUGUGUUUAAUCAUAGACUGUGUCGGCACUGAAGGAGAUGAGCUGGAGCAGACAUUUAAGGCCUUACACUUCAUUGUGAUCUUGCACAAGCUGCUGAGUGUGAGGGACGUGCAGUCCACUCUGAGGGAAGUGGCUCAUCAGCAGGGUCACUACAGAGCGUCUGCUUUUGUCUGCUGCGUUAUCAGCCGAAGCUGCUCUUCAGAUCUGCUGGCCACUGACUCUCACGGUCCAGGACUGAGCCUGGACACUGUCAGGCGCCUCUUCACCUCAGACUCCUGCCCGGGCCUGGCAGGCAAGCCUAAACUCUUCUUUAUCCAGAGCUAUGAUGUGCCCGAGCCUCAGAGGUGUGCUGGGUGUAUGGAGGGUGGAGAGCUGGAGACAGACGGGCCUGUGCUCUUAUGCUGCAAGAGGACUGUCCCGGUGGAUGCGGACAUCUUCUGGAGUCACUGCUGGACUCGAGGAAAACAGCUGGAGGUGCCAAACCAUCAGUCUGUGUACCUGAAAGCCUUGAGAUCCUCCUUAACUGAGGGACAGGAAAGGAGGACUCAUUUGGUAGACUUGCACAUGGCAGUGAAUCGUGCAGUAUACGAACACAAUCACAAAUCUCCAGAAUCCUCUUACUUUUUAAAUCUCAAGCACACUCUCAGGAAGACAGUCUAUUUGUCUUGAUUCCGUCAUGAACCCUUACGUUUAAGUGAAGGUAGAUGAUUAUUCAAGAACAUUUGAUGUUUGAGUAGAUGAUCAUCAUAAUGAUGUCUCUAUGAAUUGUAUCAAUUAUGAUUUGUAAAGUUUCAGUAAAUAAAUCUCAGGUUUUGUUAUUGUAGUUCCCUAUAUUGUCCACAUGUGGGCAGUGUUGUCCAGUGUUGGCAGUGAACUUCACCACCACGUGUUAAACUUGCUUUUAAAACAGAGGUGCCCAAACUCGGUCCUGGAGGACCAGUGUCCUGCAGAGUUUAGAUCCAUCCACAA